AUGCCAGCUCCUAUGCCUCCGCCCCCGGGCUAUUCAGAGGGCCCCGAGCAAAUGCAGCAAUGGUUGCAGGCAAAAACAGAGGAUGACCGCCGCAGUCAAGAAGAAGAGAAAACUCGCCAAGAAGCCUUAAAAUUGGAGCAGCGCAAGGUCGAACAGGCUAUUCUGGCAGAUUCCCUACGUGCAGGUGUUCCUCCGCAUAUGCUGCCGCUUCUCUUUACGGGCAUGUGUGCAGGUAAUGCAAUUUCAAAUUCGACACAGGAUAUGAUUCAGCAGUCUACAGUCCAGACAUCUCGAACAGAGAGCCCCCGCUCUCGUUUCCAGCCAGCAUUUCCAGACCCUGGAAUAUCGACGACUUUUUCCCCACUAGCUCAACAUCCGGCUGGGUCUCAACGUGAUCUACCAGUGAACACGGCUCAAAAUGUACCUGCUGGAGCUGGAAAUAGUCCCUCACAUUCCGCAACUACAGGCAUUCUGAAACCCGUUGGCCAUCUUGCUCGAUCGGUAGAAGUGCCUGGCCAAGCUCUGACACCACCAAAUUUUCCCUCGAUCCCACAUGCCAGUGCUUCGCAGCAACAGCAGCAACAGCAGCAGCAGCAGAAUGCCGCAAUCCGAAAUGAUUCCAGGGCGCGUCGGUCCUCUCCGUCCAUCUCUUUCCACCACUGGAUUCCCCCACAAGCCCACAUGCAGGCCGAUGGUCAGAUCACAUCGAGCCGUAAGCGAAAAUCCUCAUACCCCCAUCAUCAAGUACCUCCACCAUCCACUCAUUCGUCCGAUACGCCUGCAAGGAUAGUCUCAUCCGACAUAAAAGGAUAUAUUGGAGAAAUCAGCAGAAUAUCUCCAAGAUCUCCACGCCAGCGGCAUCAAAGCGACAUGUCCAGUUCAUACGAAUCACGCGAAGUGGAUUACCCGGGCCAGACCGCAACCGUUGAACAAACCGCCGCUGGACUGCUACAUCGAAAAGAGCAGGAAAGAUGCAGGGGUUUCAAGCACGAGGAAGAUCGCAGAAGUCCAGAUCGCGAAGCUCAAAAUCAACCGUCCCAGACAUUGACCUCGGACAACGAAAACUUAUCGACGCCCUCGCUAGGCACGGGCGUUAGCACAAGGUCUGGAGGGACCAGCAAUCGUGAUCGACAUUAG